AGAGGUCGUGACUGAUUUCAUGAACCUACGGGAGAGUGGUCUGAUCCCAUGGUACGUUACUGUGGAAGACAUGAAGGCAUGGAUCAUUUCCGAAGACCAAGCUAUCGUCAAGGAAAGAUUCCAGAUGGAAGAUUCAGGCAGGGAGGAUGGCCUGGUUUACCUGACGUGGGAGGUGAACAUCCGGCUGAAGCUGCAGGAGAUCGAGAGGGCCUGCAGACAGGUCUGCGGGAACCAGGGACUGGGGCCCCUCAGCCCACGUCUAGCCUGUGACCAGAACCCUCACCAGGCCGCUCUUACGGACCUGCAGUCACCGAACGGCGGUGUUUUACCGCCCAGCUCACUCUCAUCCCGUUACGAAUUUGUGUUUUUCAAAUUUCCUGACAUUUUUGACGCCCGCGCCGUUGUCCAGCGGGCCUUGAAGGACAUCCUGCACAAGCUGGCAUACCAGCCCGCCUCACGUCUGCAGCCGCUGCCAGACGUGGUGGUGGACGUGGUGUCCAGCCUGCUCCAGGUGAUAACGGACGAGGGUGGAGCCCGUGACGGGGCCGGAGACGAGACGGACAUGAGGCUGCUGAGCAGCAUGGCUGUCGGCACGGUGGUGUCUGUGCUGCACGCGGCUCCUCUCAGGCCCUGA